AUGACGGGCGGUGGAGGUGAUCCCUCAAAAGGAGGAGGGACAACCGAGUCGUCGGUUGGGACCGCCGGCUGUAUAGGAGAUCUGUCAGAUUUUGGACUUGCUAGUCGGGUCUCAAGUUCUGCAUCUCAAACGACUAGCAUGGAUGUUGCAGGAACCUUUGGUGAUAAAAUUGAUGUCUACGCAUUUGGCAUCGUCCUCCUAGAGCUCCUCUCUGGUAAAAACCCCAUCGACGAUAACCGUCCAAAAGGUCAGGAGAGCCUUGUUAUGUGGAUCCUGAAGCUCGUACAAGGUGACCAGGAAGUAACAAAUUGGGCUCAGAAACAAGCUAGGGAAUCAGAAGAAGUUGAUAUUGUUGACGACGAUUUUUAUCCUAGUAACAUGGAAUCCCAUAUCAACCUUGCAUUACUAGACUUGGAAGACGAUUCGCUUUCUGCAAGCAGCAACGAACGAAGUUUCCAAAUAGAGGUUUACUUGCAAAAAAGAUGGAGCUACUCAUUGAGCUUCGCCUAG